GAGAAGGAAACAGCCGAAAUAGUUAAAUUAACAUCCAGGGAAAAGAGAUUUAUUCGAUUUGCUUCCGUCGAAUACGAUGGACAACUGUAUAUGACCCCACAGGACUUUCUCGAAUCUGUGGUGGAAGCUGAACCCAGACCACGAUUAAAGAGAAAAAUUCUAUCUCAGAAACACAUUGAAAAAAUCAAGGAAUGUACUCCGCCUUUGAAUGAAGGAAGUCCUCGUUUGUUUCGUGAUUUGAGAGAUAAAGGUAUAAUUUCGUACACAGAAUAUUUAUUCCUGCUAUCAAUUUUAACAAAACCCCAGUCAGGCUUCCACAUUGCAUUCAACAUGUUUGACACUGAUGGCAAUCAAAGAGUGGACAAAAAUGAAUUUCUGGUGAUCGAAAAACUUUUAGCUGGUAAAAAGUUUGAGGAUUCCGAACCUAUGGAAAAAAUAUUUAGCACCGCAUGGAAAGGAAAAAGAGGAUUAAUAACCGAAACGGAAUCAACGGAAAUUAUUCCAAUACCAGAACAGUAUGUGAAUGAUGAGUAAGGCCUGCAAAGGAAACAUGUAGUCGACACAACUCUUCUCGUUCACUUUUUUGGCCUAAAGGGAAAUGCGGAUUUAAACUUCGACAGUUUCAAAAAGUUCAUGCUGCACUUACAAACUGAAGUUUUGGAAUUGGAGUUCAGUGAGUUUGCCAGAGGAUUGCCCACCAUAUCGGAACUAGAUUUUGCAAAAAUUUUAUUAAGAUAUACCUACUUAGAUACUGACGAAUAUGACAUGUAUCUGGACAGAUUAUUAGACCGGAUAAAAGAUUCACAGGGAAUUACUUUCGAAGAAUUUAAUGUCUUCUGUCAGUUCCUAAACAAUCUGGAGGAUUUCAGUAUUGCAAUGCGCAUGUAUACCCUAGCCGAUCACCCUAUUUCUAAAGAUGAGUUUCAUCGAGCUGUUAAAAUUUGCACUGGAACAAGUCUGACGCCUCAUUUGGUCCAUACUGUCUUUGCCAUAUUCGACGCAGAUGGCGAUGGUCUCCUGAGUUACCGUGAAUUUAUUGCCAUUAUGAAGGAUCGAUUGCAUCGAGGAUUUAGGUCGUAUGCAAAGAACGAAGGGUGGCAAGCCUUUAAAACUUGUGUGAAACAAGAAAUGAAAACCACAUGAAUGGAAUAAUUUAUGUUAAGUAGUAAAUUAAAGUAACGUCAAGGCAGUAAUAAUAAUCAAGCGGAGUCAUAUUCACAACUUUCUAUGCAACGAUAGAAAGUGUCUAUUUAGCAAGAUAUGUUGUUUCUAUUGUUACAGUUAUUAAUAAACAUAUAAAUGUU